AGCAAACCUCUUGUCAGCGUCCUCGUUCACACACACACACACGGCUGCAGGCAUGAAUGUAUUUAUCUAUGCGGUCGUCUUCCUGGCUGCUGUGUCCAAGGUCUCACUGAGUCUGCCCUCACAGUCCCUCAUGAUACAUGACAGAUCCGACGGCGAUGGCGUCAUGUUGGAUGGCCCGACGUCCAACCACACGCGCCAGGCCCGCUCUACUGGAGCGCUCUCCUCAGACCAGCGAGCCAACCAACCCCGGGAAGCCGAAGAGGCUUUCAAAACCUUGAGUCAGCUACUGGUCCGACUCAUCGCCAGGAAAGGCAUGCCCUACCAAAGCAGAUCGUCAUUCGCGAGCAGAGCCAGCAGUCUGGUGCCUGAGCACAGGAUAAAUGACCGAGAUUAUGAGGGCUGGAUGGACUUUGGGAGGCGCAGCGCAGAAGCGUUAGAAUACUCCUAAAGGCACGGCUUGCUUGCUUUCAAUGCAGAGCUCGUCCUCAAAAUUGUCAAAAUAAACCACCCCCUCAAUACAUGUCCAACUCAUAGCGUACAGUUAAGCCCAAAAUGAUUCACACUCUUCCAUAUAGGUGCCAUCGGGCAAGAUCCUCCUAUCUGCAAAUCAUCUCUUUUCAGGAAAUGCAAAAAUCAAUUUUCAACACUCUACACACACACACAUGUGGGUAAUGACCAAGACUACAGUAUACAUUUGUGAAAAAUACAAAAUUUACCAAAUUUGGACACAGGAGGGUUCCAGACUGGUUAACACAUCUGUCUGAGUUCUUAGGACCCUGGUUCAAAUCCAUUCUCACUUGUGUCGCGUUCCCAUGCUCUCCCCGUGCCUGCGUGGAUUUCCUCCGGGUACUCCCGUUUCCUCCCACAUCCCAAUAACAUGCAUGCUAGGUUAAUAAAAGACUAAAUUGUCUGUAGGUGUGAAUGGUAGUCUGUGUGCCUUGCGGUUGGCUGGCGAGGGGUUCAAGAUGCACCCUGCCUCUAGGCACCAGCAUGGCCAUGACCCAAGUGAGGAUAAGCGGUAUGGAAAGAGAGAUGCAUGGGUGGGAGGUUUCCACUCGAUGUCAGUCAUAUGUGUGCGUUUAUUUGGAGAUUGGUUGCAAAUAGUGGAAGACUAAGAAGUUGGGUUAGCAUUCCAAAUGCUAAAUGUUUGCUGUUUUCAGUGUUUCACUAUUUGAAAAGUCUUCAUAUCCCUCAUAUUUUUGAGGGCUCAAUCUUUUCCCACAUUCUAAAGGUGCAUGAUCAUUUUAGCAUUAUCUCAAGUAAGGUCUCAAACACAUUUGAGUUCACCAGUAUAUAGCCUUAACAAGCAACAACAAUAAAUAAAUAAAUUGUCCAGAUUUUUGUGGUGUAUUGGUACAAAUAAUUAAAAUACAACUGCAAAAUAUCCAGAUUAAUUGAUCAUCAUGUUGCAAGUCAUAUCAACAAUUCCUCAACAAAAAUCUAAUUUCCACAGUACGUUAAGAGCAUUUCAUAUGAACUAGGCCUCAAUGUCAUCUCUGUGGUUGUCAAUGUGAUCUGUUACCAAGCACAGUCCCUGGAAAAGCAGCAGUGAAUGUGUCCUCUGUCCCGGUGGGCCAGCUGGGACCCCCUGAUGGGUCCAUGUUUUAGCCCAUGGACCAUAUGUUUAACACCAGCGAUCCAACAUUUAUUUUAAUCAUUUGAAUAAAUCUAAAACAUGGAGAUGUUUGUUCGGAAUAUACAUAUGACUAAUUUUGGCAAAAUGUGAGACACAAAACAGCUUAUAUUCAAUGACAAAGAUUCUAGUUCCAUAUAUAAACAACCUUUUGCCACUAGGUGUAGUUUGCAGCUAAAAGCCAAUUUCCUAAAUAAAAAGUCAUGACACACGUUCCUAUGAUAUGAAUAAUUUUGACUUAACUGUAUGUAUACUAUAUAUUUAUCAGUGGAAAAAACAUUUCUUGGAUAAAUCCCGCUGUGAUUAUAAGCACUUUAAAAAAAAAAAUACAAACAAAAUGUGAAAACCCCAAAUGGCUUUUUUUCCCAUUAUGCAGAUAU